AUGUCUGCUCUCACUGAGCUCGCGGCUAUCGCCUCCACUGAGGCUCAAAAGCUCACCAACUACAUCACAAGCAACAACCUCCCUCUGCCCAGCUUCGAGGUCGGCGCCCCGGGCGAGCUCCCCAUUCCCUCAACGGAUGAGGACCUCCAGGCUUCCCGCAUCAGACUGCUCAAGGCCGCACAAGACCUCCAGGCUCUUGCUCUCGGCCCCGCUGAGGACUUGAGGUGGAAGGCAUGGAACCAGUACAAUGACAACAUCUCCCUCCACGCGAUCAUGCACUUCCGCCUCCCUGAAGCCGUCCCCGUCAAUGGCACCGCCACCUUCGCCGAGAUCUCCCAGAAGACCGGUCUCAAGGAGCCCCUGGUCAUGCGCUUCGUCCGCCACGCCGCCAUCUACCACGUCUUCAAGGAGGUCUCUUCUGGCGUCGUCGCCCAUACCGCUGGCUCCGUCGCCCUCCUGGACGGCUCCUCCGUCCGCGACUGGCUCGACAUGACCUUCGAAGAGUGGGGCCCCGCCUCUGUCAACGCCGUCAAGCAGCUCAUCCAGAGCCCCGACAGCGGUGAGCAGAGCGACGCCGGCUUCGCGCUUGCCUUCGGCGGCCAGACCAUCUUCGAGUUCCUGGCACAGCGCCCCGACCGUGCGCGCGUGUUCGGACUGUCGAUGAGCAACUUCUCCAAGGGUGCCAGCCACAAGGUCGAGCACCUCAUUACCAACUACGACUGGCCCGCUCUCGGCGAGAGCACCGUUGUUGAUCUUGGCGGCUCCCACGGCCACAUCUCCCUUGCCAUCGCCGCUGCGCACCCCAAGCUCAAGUUCGUCGUCGAGGACCUCCCCGGUACUACCGCCCAAGGCGAGGAAAUGCUGCCCGCCGAGUACAAAGACCGCAUCUCUUUCAUUGGCCACAACCUCAACGACCCGCAGCCCUACCACGGCGCAGACCUCUACAUGUUCCGCUCGGUGCUGCUCAACUGGCCCGACCAGUACGUCGUCAAGUUCAUCAAGAACCUCGUCCCCGCGCUCAAGCCGGGGGCCAAGGUGCUUAUCAACGAGGGCGUGCUGCCGCAGCCCGGGGAGGUCAGUGACUGGGACUACAAGGUGCUUACGUCGCUGGAUCUGUGCAUGUUGGCCAUGUUCAACAGCAAGGAGCGCACGGUCGAGGAGUGGGAGGGUCUCUUCAAGGAGGCGGAUCCCAGGUUUGCGUUCCAGUAUGCACGGAAGCCCGAGGGCUCGCUGCUGUGGAUCAUCGAGGCGGUGUGGCAGCCUACUCCGAGCCCGUAG